UAUCUUCUUGAAGUAUUGAACUAUUGAAUAUUUCACAAAUAUUUAAUAAACAUUAAUUGUUUUUUUAUGUACUUUCGUCUAUUGCAUUCGAUUUUGCCCUGUCUGAUAGCUGACUGUAUUGUAAUUUAAAAAAUACCCACUUUUAUUAUCAAACAUGGCUGAUGCUUUCGACAAACUUCGUAUGAUGGAAGACGAAAUGAACAAAUUUGAAGAAGAAAUUGGAAUACCCAAUUACAUGGAUGGAACACCUGGUACACAAUCAUACAGUCACGUGAAUCGUCAUCAUUUGAAUUCUGGUAGUGGAUAUUCAAAUGAACAUGAAUCGGCUAAUGCAUACAUGGAAAGUACCUUAAAUUCUGAUAAUUAUUCAUUGAUGGGACAACAAAAUACAAUAACCUCUCAAGGAUAUAAUAAUAUGCGACCAUCAUUCUCUAACAGUCAAAUGCUAUUACAGCAACCACAACGAAGAUUUAAUGUCAAAGUAGACAAAACAAUUGGUCCUGUUAUUCUCAGUGGUGCUCCAAAACUGUAUACAUCUAAACCUGAACCACCUCAAAUACCAUCAAACGAUUUGAUGAUUAAAGCAGAAGAUAUAUUAAAAAUGACAACAAGCAUCAAUCCAUUAAAAAAAGAAUCUAAAAAAUCACAACCUACAGUAUUGCCAGGUAAAGAAAUGGCAGAGGCCGUUAAAGCAACAUCUAAAACAGUUGUUGUAUCAGCUGGAGGUAAUGCUGUAGCUGCAGCUGAAUGUGCUGCCUCAAUCCCAAAUCAAUCUGCCAAAAGCAGAGGAAAAAAAAAUAAAAAGUUUAUACGAACUUCUGGUGGACAGGUAUGGGAAGAUCAAACUCUAUCUGAAUGGGAUGAAGAUGAUUUUCGAUUAUUUUGUGGAGAUUUAGGUAAUGACGUCACUGAUGAAUUAUUAGCUCGAACAUUUAGCCGAUAUCCUUCAUUCCAAAAAGCUCGUGUUGUACGUGAUCGCCGAACUAUGAAAACUCGAGGUUUUGGAUUUGUAUCAUUCAAAGAUCCAGCAGAUUUUAUUAGAGCUACAAAAGAACUCAAUGGUCGAUAUGUGGGUAGUAGACCAAUAAAACUACGGAAGAGUAUGUGGAAAAAUAGAAGUUUGGAAGUGACUAAAAAGAAGGAAAAAGAAAAGGCUGCUCUCAUUAAUUUAUUAACUGGUCAAUCUUCAUAACAUUAUUUAUUUUCUUACCAUAUAAACAAACUAAAUAAUAUUUCUGUAAAAUUGUAAGCAGUUAAUAUACUUUUAUUUGAUUCUUAGUGCUUACUUUUAAAAUAAUAAGAUCUUGAUGUAAUGGUAUGAAAUCAUAAAAUGUAUAAAGCAAUUUUAAAUUUACUCAAAUAAAAUGUAUUCUUUAAGUAUAAAAAUUAAAUUUAUAAUUCAAAUUAAUAUGAAUCAAUUUGCAUUUAACUCAAAUAGUUAAAAUAUAAACAUUGAGUUUUUCAACAAGUUAUUUGCACCAAAGAAUAGACAGGAAGUAUUAAACAUAACAUAAAAUACAGUACCAAUAUUAACUACUUUUAGUGUUAAAACAAAUAUAUAUUAUAUAUAAUUAAAAAUAACAGUACACUUAAUUAUUCAAUUACAUAUAGUUUAUAGUUUUUGUUGGUAGGUACUUUUUGAGGUGUACUUUUUCAGUAUAUGUUGUACUGAAAGAUAAUAUAUCUUUGUAAAGGUUAUGAAUUCCACAUUAUGGACAAGACUAUGUGAAUUAGAUGUGAGCUAAGAGUAUAAAAAAAAUCCAGAAUAAAUAUCAAGUUUUUUACAUCAUUA